AUGGAUUGCGUCGCUUUGCAAGAUAACCGAUACAAGAUGCCAGCUGCUAGCUUCGGGUCAUUGUCUCAGCUUCCAGGAAAUAGUGACUGUGGAAUAAAAGAUGUUUGGAAUCGUAAUUUACAUGAAGAAUUCCAAAUAAUAAGACAGGUUGUACAGAAAUACCACUGGGUUGCAAUGGACACUGAGUUCCCAGGAGUUGUUGCUCGUCCUAUUGGUGAGUUUAGAUCCACUGCGGACUAUCAGUAUCAGCUAUUGAGAUGUAAUGUUGAUCUUCUAAGAAUAAUUCAGUUGGGUCUCACAUUCAUGGAUGAAAACGGAAAAACUCCACCUGGAUACACCACAUGGCAAUUCAAUUUUAAAUUUAAUUUGCAAGAAGACAUGUAUGCGCAAGAUUCAAUUGAUUUGUUGCAAAACUCGGGAUUACAAUUCAGGAAACAUGAAGAGGAUGGUAUCGAACCUUUGGAGUUUGCUGAACUACUCAUGUCAUCAGGUCUUGUACUAAUGGAUAAUAUAAAAUGGCUCAGUUUUCACUCUGGCUAUGAUUUUGGCUAUCUACUAAAACUACUAACAGACCAGAAUCUACCUCAAGAUGAGAAUGAUUUCUUUGAAAGCUUAAGGUUAUAUUUUCCUACUGUAUAUGAUGUAAAGUAUCUAAUGAAACUGUGCAAAAACUUAAAAGGAGGACUUCAAGAAGUAGCUGACCAGCUAGAAUUAAGACGAGUAGGUCCACAACAUCAAGCUGGUUCUGACUCACAUCUAACAGGAAUGGCAUUCUUCAAAAUAAAAGAGAUUUUCUUUGACGACAACAUCGAAAGUUCUAGUGGUCAUUUGUAUGGACUGGGAGCACCAUUUUCAGUGAAUGUCAACAACUUCCAAGAUAAUGGUGAAAAUGGCAACUCAUCCUGA